AUGGAUGAUGAUACAUCUGGACAUGGUCAUGCAGUACAUCAUGGGUCUGAUUUGUAUCGUGAAACGCAAAAGGAUGCAGCAGACAGGGGAGAAAUUGGUGUGUCUGAAAUUCAACAUCAUCAUCAUGGAGAAAUUGGUGUGUCUCCUCAGAGUCACCAGCACAAGUAUGUUCCUUCAUCUUCCAAACAGCAUGAAGGAACUUCUAAAUCAAGUUUAGAUGGUGAUGAAAUAAAGAAUUACAUCAAAAAAAGUUUUACUGAAAAGAUGGCCGAACUGGUUACACUAAUAUCAAAAAUACCUAUUGAGGUCAUCAAAGCAUUGAAGAAUGAAGAAAAUAAGCAAUCACUGCAUGAAAAUUAUGCUAAGGGAUCAAUCAACGAUAUGGAAGUGUCUCGCGAUGAAGAAUCUAAUAAGCAUCACAUUCUUGAAGAGCAACAGUUGCUGGAUGAUAUUGUGACAUAUGAAGAAGAAUGUAGCGAUGAAGAAUUGAGAAAAAAGAACAUUCCAGAUGUGAAAGAUUUGUUGAAUAUGAAUCUAACCGCUAAAGAAGAUGUUAAUGAAGUGAAAUUGAAAAAUCAGGAAUCUACUGAUGUGACAGAUGGGCAGGAUGAAGUUGGUGGGAAAAUAACUGAUUCAAUACAAGCAGCUGUAGAUACAAUUUUAUUUGGUCUAUCAACACCUUCGACUACAAAGUCAAUGGAUGUUGGUGCUUCAAGUAAAAUGACCGAAAGACACUGGGACCUUCCAGACAGUCAGAUUCCACCUGACUUCCCUGAUGCUCAGGUUCGGGAGCUUCAAGCCUCAAAAGCUAAUGCACCUGCCAAACGAGAAAGAAAGAAGUCCAGGGUUUUAAGGUUACCAUACAUUUCAAAGUAUGGUUCUAGCUCUAAAGAUUCUGUAGAUUUCGAUAAAGAGAAGAAGCUGAAGUAUGCUUUUGAUGGGAAAGAGACAGGCAACCACUAUCGAGUAAAUGUUUCUGGGUUAGGUUACAGUCAAUUGGACUUUGUCAUUGCAUACCCACAGUCCAAGAAUUGGUUUUACUUAAUGUACGAACGCAAGACUUGCUGGAAUGAUGAGCAUUUAGAUGUGAUCUUCUACCACUUGAGAAAGAAAUCGAAGAUUCAGCUGGGUGAUAAUUAUAGAUAUACGACUACAAGAUGCUUCUUUAAAUCAUAUGUUGAGAAGACACAUACUCGCUAUUAUCCAGCGAAACCGGUAGUUGAGCUAUCGACGCAACAAGAUUAUACAGAAUCAAUUGUGGUGGGUAAGAAUGAAGAUUCUAUUGCGAAUAUAAUUCAUGGAUUCUGUAUGCCUGCGGGAUUAUCAUGGUAUAUGGUUGAUGAGGUAUAUGUUCCAAUUAACUGCGGUAAAGAAUUUUAUUGGGUAUUGACUGUGAUUGUCUUGAAGGAAAGAUUGAUAUGUGUGUAUGACUCACUGUCAAGUAAAAGGAAAAAAGAACCUCAUAUUGAAAUACAAAAGCUUGCAGUUAUGCUUCCUACUUACUUGUCAGACAAUGGCUUUUAUGAUAAGACCGAGCGAACUAACUGGCCAGCACUUGAAGUGUACAAAGGGAAGAUUGCUCAGCAAACUGGUCUUGUACAUGAAAUUUCAUUUGAUGUUGAUUAUGUGCAAAAUAUCCUACAACAAGCGUCUAAUAGUUUGGAUUGUGGCGUAUUUGUGUAUGCCUAUGCAGAGAUAUUAAGCGAAGGACUACAAGUUCAUUCAUGUGGGUUUGAUGCUGCAAGUCAACGUGCACGUUAUGCUUCCUUACUGUGGCAUUACGGAGUGGAAAAGACAACUGAAGGGUACACGAGUGAUAAUGGAGAUCCGCCUAGAUCAAAGAAAAGUGUAAUAGAAGAAAUUGAAGCAAGUGCAAUUGUUACUUUAGAGUAG